UUGAGUUGGUGCGCUGUCACGUGCGUGUAGGAUCAUCUCCAGUUGGAUACGGAAGGCUCUUGCUCGGCGUGCGUAAACCCGGUGCGCACUGCUGCUGCGUCUUGUUCCAGACUAAUCUGGGACAGCGCUUUGAAAACUGCCUGGUGGAGGUGUCGCGAACACAUCAAGUGCCCAGCAGCGCUAUCCGACUGAACCGAGGGGUUUGGGUCAGUGUCCGCCACAGCAUGGAGACAUCCAGCGACUUUGCCGGGGAAACGAAGCCGGCGUGUAAGUGCGCGCCAAAGUCUGCUGUCCAGCGGCUGCUUCCAGCUUUCCCCCUUGGUAUCUGCUCGUUGCUGUGCCUGAGUUCCAUCGCCGUGUGUCUUCUGAUGAGCCUCAGGACCCACCAGCUGGAGAGCCGCUUGCAGAUGGAGAUGGACAAAGUGUCCGCCCUCUACUCGCCACGCGCGGCUUUUCUAAACGAGGAUGGAACUCUAAUUCCCGAGCUGUGCACUUCAGUAGGAAAACUCGUGGAAGAGAAAUUGGCAGUGCUGAUGCCCAAAUUGCGGACAGUCAGAGAUGUUGGCCAAGAGUGCUCCUGUCCUCCAGGGCCUCCUGGAAAACGUGGAAGGAUCGGAAGAAGAGGGGAUCCUGGACCUCCUGGCAAAGCUGGAAGGGAUGGAUACCCGGGUCCACUUGGCUUGGAUGGCAAACCGGGUUUACCAGGUCCCAAAGGAAGCCAGGGGACUACCUGACCCAAGGGAGAAAAGGGUGACCGAGGAGACAUCGGGCCAAGGAUGGUCUUUCCCCGUUAUGACCAUGGCUUUAUCUCUGGUGAACAGUCCAACACCUUUCAGAGACGCUUUCUGAAGGGGGAUCAGGGUCAGGCUGGACCACCUGGUCCUCCCGGCCCCCCAGGUAGCCCUGGUCCCAGAGGACCCCCAGGGAAUACUGGCAAGGAUGGGCCUCGUGGCCCUGCUGGAGAGCCGGGUUUUCCAGGUCGUGAUGGCAUUGAGGGACAACAAGGCCUGCCUGGGAAGCCGGGAGAAGAUGGCGCACCUGGUUAUCCAGGACCACAAGGCCAGCCAGGAGUAAAGGGUGAGCCAGGUCGAGGAGAGAAGGGAGAGAGAGGCGCGGAUGGACUCCCAGGGUUGGAUGGAGAAAAGGGAGAUAUGGGGGAGCCAGGACCACAGGGACCUAUGGGUCACCCCGGUGAGAAAGGUGCCACAGGUUCCUCAGAUAUUAUUGACUUCAACGGGAAGCUUCUCGACGCUAUCCAAGGCCCACCUGGACCACCUGGACCACCAGGCCAUCCAGGGGAAAAAGGUGAACUUGGUUUACCUGGACCAGCGGGAGUUGAUGGACAGAAGGGGCUAAAAGGUGACAUGGGUGAGACAGGUCCACCCGGUGAAAGAGGAGAAAAGGGAGAGUUGGGGCUUUCUGGACCUGCUGGUGUGGACGGACAGAAAGGAGAGAAGGGUGACUGCAGACUGGAAGACAACCUGGUACAGAUGAUUUCCCAGCCAGGCCCUCCUGGACCACCAGGACCUCCUGGACCCCCUGGUUUCAUGGGACAUCAUGGAAUGCCUGGUCCAAAGGGUGAACCUGGUUUCGGGAUGAAGGGAGAGAAGGGUGACAGUGGUACUCCUGGAACAAGGGGACUGGAUGGCCUCCAGGGACCACCUGGUCCAAUAGGGUUGGUGGGUCUUCCAGGUGCCAAAGGAGAAAAGGGCAAACCAGGAGAGCCUGGACUAGAUGGUUUUCCUGGACUAAUAGGAGAGAAAGGUGACCGAGGGGAAAGGGGAGAUAAGGGUGACAGAGGAGCUGUCGGAAAGAGAGGUCUAAAGGGCCAGAAAGGAGAGCAGGGGCCCCCAGGCCUGGACCAGCCCUGUCCUGUGGGAUGUAAUGAAGCCAAAGGUCUGUCUGUGGAGGCGGUGCUUUCUACUCUUCCACCUCCCCCUGUCCCUCCUUCUGGCCCUGAGGGCCCCUGUCCUGUGGGACAAGACGGGCUGCCCAUACCAGGCUGCUGGCACAAGACACAUUUUGAGGAGCUGGCAAGGCAGAAGUUCAAACGUAAGCGUCUCUCUCAGCCCUGAAGGAGCAUGGUGCUCGGCGGACAAAGGACACAGAGAAGAGGGGCAGACGAGCCUUGAUGGAGCGGAGCUGUGCACUGAACACUCAAAUCCUCCGUUAAAGGACACUCCAGGAGGGGGCGACAGAGUUACACUGCAUUUCUUGAUUGACCUGAGAAGAAAACACACCUGUGGCUCAUGCUUGGCUACAGAUUGAUGAUCAGUUGUGGACUGAUGUCACUGGCACAUAGGGAAGGAUUCCUGCACAGAUGCAUUGAGUGUGCACGGUGAUCUCUUGUAUAGCUCUUUUCUACAGGUUUUCAUAUUGCAAUGAAUCCUCAGACAGUUGAGUUUUUUCUUUCUUUCUUAUAAGAGCAAUCUUUCCAUUUGAACAAACUGCACAGUAAGGACAGUAAGUCUAUUUUUUUAAAUGCCUUACACUUGCAGAAGUGGUGACUUGUGUGUUGUUUUUAUUCUUUCAUAUCUUCUAUAUAUUUUUGCCUGUUAACAUUUUGCAUUCCUGUGCAUUAUCAUGGUUGUGUAAUAUAUAUGCAGAGUCAGAGUCAGGUUCAGUGCAGGAUUUGUAGAAAACCUUUGCAGUAUUUGUAAGACAGUAUUUCAACCAAGAGGUUGAUCAGAUCCAACUUGAGGUUGGUUCUGUUUUAAUAUCAUCGUUACGUGUUGUGGUUGGCAGUUAAAACUUUUUUCUUUUCAUUGUAAUUAUCAAUAUUGUGAUUUAAUAUAUUAAUCCAAUGAAAACAUAAUCACGUUUGUUGCCAGUUUGUCUGGACAAUAGUGUGACUUGUUGCUGCUGACAUGAAUUUUCAUCUAUAUAUUCGUAAACUGACCUGAAGGACUGACUACCCAAAUUAUGUUGGAAGCAAAUGUACAUAAAAACAUUGGAACUUUAAUGGUUUACUUUUAUUCAGCAUUAGGCACCCCCGCCACUGAUUCAUGACUGCCAUUUGUGAUUUUUUUUUCCUUUCUUUUUUGGAGAUGGUAUAAUUUUGUUUGUGCUUAAAAGCAUUCAAAGUUUACCUGAUUAAAGGGGUCACGUUGUGCAAAAUUGAAUGAUAACUACAUUUUGUAAUUCAAUAAGCAUAAAGGGUAGACUGCAAUAAGCUGUGGAAAUAACCUUUUUUAUGUUCUUAAAGCAGAAUUUUGGCCUGAAAAUUAUUAUUUUUUUUUUCUUCUGACAUUUUUCAUGAUCACUUUCCCUAUAAAAGGAAAGGCAAGCGGCAAAUCUUUAAUUUAAAGCAGCAACUACAUAAAUGCAUUUAUUUCUUGAAAACCCUGAUUCCCCAUCUUGGGAGAAUACAUCACCUCAGUGUCUGUUUUUUGAUACAGACUUCAAUGUCUGUUUUAUAAACAUCUGCUGAUCUGUUUGCUCAUGUCAACAGUGACAUGAUAUCUCUGGGAGCUUGGCCUGUGAGGUCGAGAAACAUCUGGGAUGACCUUAUGGAGUCAUGAGGUCACCGGAUAGAGAUGUUUGGUGAUGCAUAUAUCUUUGCAGAAGAAUCCAACCCAACUAUUUGUGGUCCUGGUGCAUCUUGUCUUACUGAAUAGUUGUUACAUGUGGACGCUAACCAGUGACCUAAAACGCCGACUGAAUAUCUUGGGCACUUUGUUUCUUCAGAAGGAUCCUUGGGUACCACAGAAAUGACUUUGUGCCAAAUGAAUAGUCACUAAGGAAGACUCUGAUGAGGAUGAUUACAUGCACUGUGAGGAAACAUCAGGUGUGACAUUUUGGCCAUGUGGAGUGUUUCUGUUGCCUUGAUCCAGCACCCAGGUGCCUCAGCUGGAAACAGCUGGGGGUUCACAUUUCACCUUGCUGUGGCAGAAAGGUCUACUUUUAUGAGGUGAACUUGGACCAGAUGUCUGCCUGGGUGGUUGCCAAUCAAGACCCAGGCAGGUUCUGUGAUGUAGCGGAUGCAGCGGUCCACUGCACCAACACACGCUCUUUGUCCUGACCUGUGAGCUAUGCUAGCUUACUGGAGAGUUGCACAAUGUGACCCCAUUAAAGUUAUAUACAAAUAUGCAAAUUUAUCCUGACAUAAAUAUGCACACAUACACAUUUUUCUAAGGAACAGGGAACAUUAAAAUUUUAAAUGUUUUCUAGGCAUACGUCUAGUCUCUUGCAUGCGGAAGGAAAGCGGACAAUCAUAAUUUGAUUAUUUUUGCAGACAGUUAAAUAUUUACAUUCAAAUCAAAUUCAUUUAAAAAAAAUACAAAUUUAAAGCAUAGUAUUAUUAUAAUAUUAUAGCUUUGUCUGUGUUCUGGUUUAUAUUGUAUUUUGUGACUGAACUACAAUAAAACUAGAAUACAGCCAGUAUCUUUGAUAACGGUUAUGUUUAUUUCAGUUGAUUACCCGUCGCCGCCUUUAUUGUGCCGGCUGCUUAACCAACUGCUAACGUCUAAAAUGACAUACAAAUGAAUUGUAUAGAAUGUGGUCAAUAUUGUCUUUUGUUUUAAAAUGUUGUUGCUUGUGUGGAAAUACAACCUCAAAUGUAUCUCUGGAUGCAACACAUGAAGGAGGCCUGUAAAGCUCCUAACUGCUCCACAUUCAAAAUUCUAAUCUUUUGGUGUGGACAUUUCAAGUUCCACGAAAAUGUACAAAUGUCUAGUGUCACUUUCUGCCAUCACACAAGUUGAUUUGGACCGUGUCAUAGAAAGACAGUGAACAUUUAUUAAGAUAAAGGUAUUUUAGAACUGUUGCACGAAACUUGAUUUCAGACUUUGUGUUAGUGUCAUUUAGAAGCUUUGUUGAGAAAUGAUCAAACCUGAAUGUUUUAAACACACAACUCUUACUGAGCAUGAUGAUACUGGAAAUUAAUGGUUAUCUGUUAUGUGUUGAUUUAUUUUACAGAUUCUGUUAAUUACAGUUUAAAAGGUGUCAGAAGUGACUCGAUGUCUGAAAACAACUUGGUGGUUUGCCAAAACAUUUUUGCCAGUAUUAGCUGUUUGUGCAUUUGAUUGAAGAAUUAAGCUAUUUUUGUAAUGGUUUAAAUAUGUAUAACGUGACAUCUGGUUAAAUAUACCGUAGAUUGAAAUAAACUACAGUUUUAUGCCU